GUACUCAGCCACCGUGCGGUGGUUCAUCCAUCCUUACACGGGCGGCCAUGGGUUGCUCAGCUCUCCCCAUUGUCUCAUGAGAUUCAAACCCAUCUCAGCUCUUUCUCUCUUCAAAAAAUCGAACCUUUACGCCCCUUUCCUAAAAAACCAUUUCAUGGCCACUGACGCUCUGCCUGCCUCUUCCGUAGACCUUCAAAACAAUGAAGACGACCUUCUCUGCGCAGAGAGUGCGGUACACACGGUUCCCAUAUCGGAGGAAGAAAAGUUUCGGUCUAUUGAUUUUGGUCGUCCGAAUGGGUAUUUGAGCGGCGAGGCGAGGAUUGAGAGGGCUUGGGCUCACUGGAACAAGUUAGGGCAGCCCAAAUGUAUAGUUGCCCCAAUGGUAGACAACUCGGAGCUUCCUUUUCGUAUGCUCUGCCGCAAGUAUGGCGCUGAAGCUGCUUAUACGCCUAUGCUCCACUCCCGAAUUUUCACUGAAAACGAAAAAUACCGAUCUGUGGAAUUCACUACUUGCAAGGAAGACAGACCACUGUUUGUUCAAUUCUGUGCAAAUGACCCUGACAUUUUGCUGGAAGCAGCUCGAAGAGUUGAACCCUAUUGCGAUUAUGUGGACAUCAACUUUGGGUGCCCCCAACGUAUCGCAAAGAGAGGAAAUUACGGAGCUUUUCUUAUGGAUAAUCUUUCCCUCAUAAGGUCCCUGGUAGAAAAUUUGUCAAACAAUCUUACUGUUCCCGUUUCAUGUAAAAUCCGUAUCUUCCCAGAUUUGCAAGACACGAUCAAUUACGCCAAGAUGUUGGAGGAUGCGGGCUGCGCUCUUUUGGCAGUGCAUGGACGAACAAGGGAUGAAAAGGAUGGGAAGAAAAUCCGGGCCCACUGGGAUAUCGUCAAGGCGGUUAAAAAAUCGGUUAGAAUCCCCGUGCUUGCUAAUGGGAAUAUUCGGCACAUGGAUGAUGUGGAAAGAUGCUUGGAAGAGACCGGUGCAGAAGGUGUACUCUCAGCAGAGUCACUUCUUGAGAACCCUGCCUUAUUUGCUGGAUAUAGGACACCUGAGUGGACAGAGGAAAGUGAUGGAGGAGUCAAGGAAGAUAAUAGGGUUGACCAGGCUGAGUUAGUGGAUGAGUAUUUGAAGUUUUGUGAGAAAUACCCAGUGCCAUGGAGAAUGGUUCGUUCCCAUGUGCACAAAAUGUUGGGAGAAUGGUUCAGGGUCCAGCCUGACAUUAGAGAGGAUCUUAAUAAACAAUCCAUACUUACGUUUGCAUUUAUGUAUGACUUGGUAAAUCGGCUAAGGGAACGUGGUGUACGCAUACCAUUAUAUGUGAAGGACAACCUUCAAAGCGGAGGAAUUCCUGAAAAGUGAACAGUUUGUUGAAUCUGUGUUUGUUCUGAGUUCCAAGAACAUAACUUGGUAACAUUGUUCUCAGACAUUGUUCUUUUUGGUCUUGCAUGAACAUGAUGACAUCCAUGCGUAGUGAACUUUUCAAGAUACCAGGUGGAGAACGGAAAAUUUGAAUGCUUUUGACUUUUUAAGGUGUGCAAGGUUCAAACUCAACCUUACACUUGUUGCAAGGAUGUAGAGCUGUAUUAGUUAUAGUGAAAUUAAUUCACAUUGAAAUAGUGCAAGGGGUUGUUUGAUUCGAUUCAUUGUACUCCGUAUUUUUUUUAAGAUUUUCUCAUUUGUCUUUUUUUUUUUUAAAUAUCAAAAGGUUAGAUUAAAAUAGUCUGUUGGUCUUUUAAUUUUGUCGAAUA